GAGGGCGGGACUUCCGUCCGGGCACCGGAAGUGCGCGUGGGGGCCGCACCCCGCGGGUCGCGGCGGUUUCUAGGGGCUCCCGGCUGCAGGGCUGCGGGGCGGGGGCCGCGAGGCGGGACUUCCGGUCGGCGAUGGCGGAGCUUCCGGCGGCGGCGCGGCUGCUGCGCGGGCGGCGCGUGGUGCUGGCGAGCGGCUCCCCGCGGCGCCGGGAGAUCCUGGGCCGCGCGGGCCUGGGGUUCGAGGUCGUCCCGUCGCGGUUCCCCGAGGCCUCGCUGGACCCCGGCGCCUUCCCGGGCCGCCCGGCCGCCUUCGCCGAGGAGACCGCGGCCCGCAAGGCCCUGGAGGUGGCGGCGCGGCUGCGCGGGGAUGUCCCGCCUCCCGACCUGGUCAUCGGCGCAGACACCGUGGUGGCGGUGGACGACGUCAUCCUGGGGAAGCCGGCGGACGAGGACGACGCCCGCCGCAUGCUCUCCAGGCUGAGCGGCCGGACGCACAGCGUGUUCACGGGCGUGGCACUGGUGUGGCGCUCGGACUCAGAGGAGGCGACGCGGUUCCACGAGGAGACGCGGGUGACGUUCUCGGCGCUGCCGGAGGAGCUGGUGGCCCAGUACGUCGAGAGCGGGGAGCCCAUGGACAAGGCCGGGGGGUACGGCCUGCAGGCGCAGGGCGCGGCGCUGGUGGAGUCCGUGCAGGGCGACGUGCUCAGCGCCGUGGGCUUCCCGCUGCGCCGCUUCUGCCGGGUGCUGGCCGCCCGCGCGCUCAGUCCUCCUCCUCCUCCUCCUCCGACAUCGGCCGCCACCUCGAACCCGGGACCCGGGGCCGCCACGGCCACGACGACCUCGGCCUCCGCCCUGCUCCACGGCGUCAAGGCCUCCGAGUCCCCGUGUGACCCGGAAGAGGACUCCCAGGAUGCCCUGCGGUGGCUGACGGCGGCCGGCCUGGCCUCCGCCUUCGACCUGACCCGCUUCCGCCGCGCCUGCGCCCUGGGAGGCGGCGCCAUCGCCGUGGCGGCCGAGCUGCAGCUGCGGUUCCCGCGCCUGGGGGUGACGGCGCUCGAGGCCCCGCCCCCGGGACGCCCGCUUCCGGGAGCCGACCUCUACGUCCUGCCCGGCUUCCCCCCGCGGCCGCCCCGACGCCCCGACGGGGGACCCGGGGCCUGGGCGCGGCUGCUCGACGGGGCGGCGGACGCCUGCGGGCCCGGAGCCGCCGUGUUGGUGACGCAGCGCGCGCUGGACCUGCUGGACGAGGAGGAGGAGGAGGAAGAUGGCGGCCAUGGCGACGGCGACCCCAGCCCGGCCCUGCGGCGGCUGCUACAGCGACGGGGCUUCCGGGACAUCCAGGUGGUGGCGGCGCCGUCGGCCGGCGGAGCGACGCACGCCGCGUUGGGCGUCCGGGGUGGGGGGGAGCGGUGAGGGUGGGGGCGGGCCCGGCCUGAGGCCUCCGGGACCCGCGGGGGGGCCCCGAUCCCCGACAUUAAAGCCGCUUCCUCUGUCCUU